GUUAAAUAUUUCGCCGGUCGCUCGGAGCCCGACGUCGCCACCGUCGCCCUCGCCUCCACAAAGCGGCACAGAAGCGGGCACGUGUAAAUGGCUGCAUACGUUCGAUUGGGAUAAAUCUGUGCAGCUUGACCUGAUCUGACCCGCGGGACACGCAGCCACUGUCCCGACCUUCCUGAGCCGGCAAUGGGCGCCUACCUCUCCGAACCCAUCACCGAGAAAUGCUCGACGGACGAGAGCGGACCCAGAGUGUCCUACGGAGCCUCUUCGAUGCAGGGCUGGCGCAUGACCCAAGAGGAUGCCCACAACACAAUUCUCAACUAUGACAAGGACACAUCGUUCUUCGCAGUCUACGAUGGCCACGGAGGUUCCGAAGUCGCCAAAUACUGUGCCCUGAAGCUCCCCGACUUCGUCAAGUCCCUCAAGAGCUACGCGGAGGGAGAGCUGACUGAGGCGCUGUGCGAGGGCUUCCUCCAGUUCGACGCCACCCUCAUCACGCCUGGCGGACUCUCGGAGCUCAAGAUGCUGGCCGGCGCCAGCUCGGAUGACUCGGCGGAGGCGUCACCGGACGAGGGGGAGGCGGAGCUUCUGAGCGCCGAGGCCGAGAUGCCCAUUGAGGACCUCCUGGCCCGCUACAGCGCCAAGGCCAAGGAGCUGGCCAAGGAGGUGGCCAAGCUGGACGGUGCUAAGCCUAACGCGAAGGAGGAGGACCCCGCUAAGCCUAAUGAAGACAAGCUGGUCAACGGGGACUGUUCAGCUGCUUCGAGAGACGUCGAGGCAUCGGCAGCCGAGAAAGACAGCAGCAAGGACGCGGCAGGCCCCGCCGGGGCCGGUGGAGACGAGGGAAGGUCGACGGCCUCCGAAGCAGACGGCGGAGAAGGUUCAUCGUCGGGGGGAGACACUCCGGAGGGAACACGCCGUUUGCGGCGCCCCUGGAAACCAUACAUGUCGCUGGUUGCAAACGCAGACGCCUCUUUAGAUUCUUCCGAGAGCGAGGAGUCCUCGGAGGAGGAGGAAGAGGAUGGAGAGGACGAGGAAGACGAAGAGGAUGAGGAGGAGGAAGAAGAAGAGGCAGAAGAGGAGGGAGAUGCAGAAAGCGCAACGUGGGACAAGAAACUGAAGCAGCGCCUGUCCCAGUUGGAUUCACUCGCAGACACAGAGACAGAGACGGUGGGCUACGACAGCGGGUGCACCGCGGUGGUGGCGCUGGUGCGUGGGCGCACCCUGGUGGUGGCCAAUGCGGGCGACUCGCGCUGCGUGGUGUGCCGCUCAGGCAAGGCGGUGGACAUGUCCCUGGACCACAAGCCCGAGGACGCGACGGAGCUCAGCCGCAUCUGCCGGGCGGGCGGGCGGGUCACCAGGGACGGCCGCGUCAACGGCGGGCUCAACCUGUCCAGGGCCAUCGGGGACCACGCCUACAAGCGCAACACGGAGCUGGAGCUCCGGGACCAGAUGAUCACGGCCCUGCCGGACAUCAAGACCUUGGAGCUGGACCCCGAGACCGACGAGUUCAUGAUCCUGGCCUGCGACGGCAUCUGGAACAACAUGACGAGCCAAGAGACGGUGGACUUCGUCAAGCAAGAGCUGGACAAGGGCACCAAGCCACUGUCGAAAAUCUGCGAACUGCUAUUCGACGCCUGCCUGGCCCCAGACACCUCCGGCGACGGCACGGGGUGCGACAACAUGACUUGCAUCGUGGCGCAGUUUCACCGGGAGGACUUCGGCGACCCGUCUGGAGCCAGCAACACCAAGGAGAGGAAGAGGUGCCUCUCCUCCGAAGACGAGUCGCGGCAGGACGAAAGUAACAAGAAGGCGAAAGCAGACGACGCCUGAACCCCGCCCGAAGAUCUCCGACCAUCACGACCCCAUCGCUGCUGCCUCAAACGAUCGCUUUCACCCGACUCGUCAUAGUAACUCUUUGAAUCUGCCACCCUCUGGUGGCAGGUUUCAGUUUCGCUCGCUCGUCUGUCGACUUGCCAACAUGUCGUGCCGGGCCGUCCGGGUUUGACGUGUAGUCUGCAUGACGAGGUGGAGCUAGCUUGACCCGGCACUUUUCUUAGCUCCCGUCGGGCAGCCUGUCAGAAUAUAUAAAUGUAUGAUAAAUGAAUCGAAGGAAGUAAAAGUUUGACUGCUGACUGGGUAGGGGAUAUUAUCCACUGCUCCAUCUGGAACAAAUACAACCAAUCUUUUUUAAAAACUCUUCUUUCUUCCUUUUUUUAUUUCUUUUUUCGCUAGCUUGAGGUGGGUAACAUUGUUUAUUCUAGAACAAGUAGGACUGUUAUAAUUCGACACUUAUAGGGAGGGGUCACUUUCUGUAAUUCAAGGAUUAAAACCUUUGUCGUUAAAUGGACAGCCGACUGUAGUGCCAGAAGGAGGUGUGGUCAUUUGGUGAACUAGGGUCGGUGGGAUCGGUUUUAUUACAUGUUGCAUUGCUCUAGACUUUUGGAGGCAUGGAUAUUAGUGUGGAGCUUUCCAUUGGUGUUCUUGCAUUAUUUUUCCAACUUAUACUUCGUAGCCUCGUUUCACAUUUCCAACAGUCUAGUUUUCAAAUUGACCGCACAUAUUUUAUUGUGCUGGGUUGCUCCAAAGUUGCCACGGCCACCUAAACUGACCUUGGUUUUUUUUUUUGGUAGUAAGCGUGGGGGAAGCAGAGAGCUGCUGUAUAUGUAGAGCUGACUCAAAAGUUGAUAACUGAUGGUGUUUCUUUCAAAGGGGGUGCAUUGUUUUUCUCUUUGUUUUGCGACACCUGCCAUUUUUUUCCCCGGAAAACUUAGUGGCAGCAGAUUUUGAGAACUUUUGGUGGUCUGCACAAACAAUGGCUUUCCACUUCUUUGUUUAUAAUUUGGCAGAGUGUGUGAGUACAAAUGGAGGUGGCUUUUUUUAAAGGAGAAACCUAGCGAGACGUUAAAUUUGGAUCAUCAACGAUUUUGUACAUAUGUUAUUGCGAGCUACGCAAGACAUGUCAUUGGAUGUAUACUUUGCUAAAUGGUUAGUGUAUACUGAUUAGGAUGAUCUUGCCUUUUGUAAAUAACUGCGCUCAUCGGUCAUUCCUUCCUUGUCACCGAAGGGGAGAAAGCGAGCCGCGUUUCUGGGCAUUCAUAACGGGCAAUCACUUUCAUCGCAAUUCUCGCAUGCUGUAAAAUAAGCAUCACUGGUUUCUCUUUGUUUAUUUUUAAUUAAGCGUGACGAAAUUGAAGUUUGGAAUUAUGUUUUGAAGUGCAUUGGUGUGCUUGUUCCUUAACAGUAGGGGCGUGCGUGUGCCAGAAAGGCCGUGUACAGCGUCGUCCUUUUUAUUACGCUUCUCAAAAUGUUUUUUGCAAGCCGAACUCAUUAAAAAUACAUUGCAGGUAA